CAAUGGCGUCCACUGGUUCAGCGUGUAGUGGUGAUGCUCCUCGUGAUUUUCAUUUAUCACCUUCAAUAGAAGAUAGUGGCAGUAGAUUCAGUACUUCCGUCGAAAAGUGUCCUUUGUGCAGUUAUAACAGAGGGACAUUCUACUGCAAGCAGUGCAUUCAGGAAGGAAGUUUCAUUCAUUCUAAUAACCAUUACGCUGAGAGGUUUGCUGAGAAGCAAGUGCAACUCUUGAGGUUGUGUAAUGAUAAGCAGCAGCUGCGGGAGCUCUGUAACAUCUUCCUUCAGAGAAAUCUGCACUCAGAUCAGUUGCGGACAGAAAUUGAUGCUUGUCAUGAACGAAUAGCACUGCUACGAAUACUGAUACAAGAAAAGAGGAAAAGUCUUGAAGAAGAUAAACCAAAAAUUGCAAAUAUGGUUAAACAAAGCCAGGAGCGAAUGGCAAGACUUCCACUAUGUGAAGCACAUGUGACUAAAAUGGAACGACGUACAAAUCAGAUGGGAAUGAAUGCAACAGAACAUGCUCUCACCCUGCAGAAAGAGCAGCAACAACUAAAGGACAUGGUCCGAGCCAGUAUACAGCAACUUGUCCAGUACAUCUUCCCCAUCAUACCAGUGCAGCCAGUACCCAGUGACGAAGACUGUGAAGUGCCAAGGGAUACUGUUACCGCUCUCGCAGAUGCAACCCGCACAGCCUAUAUCCGUGGUCGUUGGGUAUUGACUGAUAGUUCCGGCCAGCUGCAGCACUGUAUUGUGGCACCCACAUUACCUGAUUCAGGAGACUACUGUGCCUAUAACACGUGGGUGGCAUCCAACAAGGAUGGAGUUCCUGGAGGAAGUAGUGAAGCCACGGAUCACAACGCAGCAUACAGUAUUAGUGCUGCCUUAACUUACACCACUCAGCUUGUCAAUGUGCUGGCAUUCUACUUAGAUGUUCAGCUGCCAAACAAACUGUGUUACAGUGAUUUCUGUGGCCACGAAAUGAGUGAUACACAGUUUGCUCAUAGAGUUGCUAAGCUCAAUUCCAAUGUCCUGCAUCUUUGCUACACCCAGAAUGUUAAUCCUGCAUUGCUGCAACCAGCACGCACGUUGCACAAUAUCCUCCUCUUGCUCAACACUGAAGUCAGUGACCUUGGAAGAUUAGGUCCAAUGGAAGUGGAUCCAGUUUUGGCAAAAUGUUUAGAGGAUCAGUUAGCACAUGACUUGGACCUGGGAGAAAAUUCUGGCUCAGAAGAUGAAAGUGACACUUUGCCCUGGGAAUGGGAAGCUGUUCCUCAUAUGUUGUGCCCAGAGAGUGUUCCUGGACCAAGCCAAAUGUCCCAGCAGAACUUCACAAGCACACAGCAGGCAACAAGUAUGGCAGGGGGAUUAGUCACCAGUGCUGCAGCCAGCAUUGCUUCAUUAUGGAGGGGUUGGACUGGGACAAAGUAAUGUUUUCCAAAUGGGAUGCUGAAGAAGAACCAAUCUGUUGCAAUGUUGGAAGAGCCUUUAUACUUUCCUCAGUAUGGUAAAUAAUCUAUAAAUUACAAGAGAACACUCCAGCAUUGACUAACAUUUGGUUAUAAUUGUAUACCCUAUCAUGUUUGUUGUUUUAAUUUGUGCCUUGGCCAAAUUAAAUUGCACAAUCAGACAGAUUA